AUGAGUUUGCAGAGAAAGCAAAUAAUAGCAUCAGCUCUUAGCAAGUAUCUCUCUGUAUCUCCUGAAGCUUCUUUAGGUGAUGUUGGAGAGUAUGAUAUUAAGAGUUUGUACUUAAACAUUUUGAAGUCAUCAGGAAAAGGGUCCCCAUCAAAAGAAAGUGAGGAGGUGAUGAAAUGGAUAAGCUUUGCAGAGACUUUUCCUGUAGAUUCUCUGGCAUGCUUUGAUGCUCUCAAUGGAUUGAAUGAAGACUUGGCUCUGAAAUCUGUGGUUUUGGGCAAUGGAUUGACACCCUCUGAAGCUGAUAUUAUUGGCCUUUCGCAUUUAGAGAAGGAAAAGUUGGUACAUGUGAUGAGAUGGAUGGAUUACAUCCAGAACAAGGUAGACUUUGGGAAACUAUUUGAAAAAAUUUUGCUAGAAAAGGCUGCAUUCGAACUGCAGGGGAUAAAAGGUGCAGCUAAAUCGGAAGUAGAUACAAAUGCAAAAAAGACUGUGGAAUACACUAAGAACAAGGAAAAAUCAGAAGCAGACCCAAGGCAACAAUCUAAUCCAAAUUUCAAGUUGACUUCUCUUGCUACACGUGCAAAGCUGUCUUGGUUGAAAGUAGAAGAAGGUUUAUUCCCUUUCACAGCCUUCUCAGCCAAAAUCUCAAGCAACAUAUGCGACAUAGUUGUGUUGUAUUGGUCUUUACUUAAUAGUGGUGGCAUUGAAGUGGGCCCAGAGAAGAUCAGUUUGGAGAUGGCCCUAGCCUUCAAUAAUAAGGCCACUGGAAAAAAAGAAUCUACUCAGGAGAAGAAGAAACCAUCUGACAAAGAAGCAGCUGAGAAAGACAAAGAACUAAGUGUCAGUUUACUGAAUAUUCAAGUUGGCCUGAUUCGCAAAGCAUGGAAGCAUCCCUCUGCUGAUAGUUUAUUGGUUGAGGAGAUAGAUGUUGGAGAUGCUAAAUUGAGGCAGGUAGUUAGUGGUUUGGCGAAGUAUUUUAGUCCAGAUGAGUUGACGAACCGUCGAGUUGCCCUGAUAACAAAUGUAAAACCUGGAAAGCUACGAGAUGUGAUGUCGGAAGGCCUGGUCCUUUGUGCAUCUAAUGAGGAUCACACCAUGGUAGAGCCUUUGCUCCCUCCAGAGGGUGCCAAAGUUGGAGAACGUGUGUCAUUCUUGGGGAUUGAUGGUAAGCCAGAAGAUGUCUUGAACCCAAAAAAGAAGCAGUUAGAGAAAAUAACACCGCAAUGUUUUCGAAUGUUGAUUUUUGACCUUGUUGCGUGGUCCAAAAUCCAUGAAAUACCCCACUGGGUGGGUGCUACAAGGCAGAGUGAAGAAGAUCUUGUAGAAAGGAUACUCAUAGAUAUUGAUACUGAUACUGAUUCUGUAAGAGACUGA